ACAUUUAUUUUGUAGUGUACUGCGCAUGCGCGGUAGUGUGGCGUUUCCGGCUUCACACUGCUGAACUGCAUCAUGGAUGAUCCGUUUUUCGUCGUUAAAGCUGAGGUACAGAAGGCAGUGUUGCGUGGGCGAGGUCUUUGUGAGCGAUGGGCGGAGCUUCUGCAGGAGGAGGAGCCUGUCAGCCGAGAUGAACUCGAAUGGAGCAAAAAUGAACUACGCAACUGUUUACGAGCCAUCGAGUGGGACCUGGAGGAUCUUCAGGAGACCAUCAGUAUUGUUCAGUCGAACCCAAGUAAAUUCCGUCUGUGUGAGAGUGAACUGCAGGAGAGAAGAGGGUUUGUGGAACAAACACGGACGGCUGUACAGGAGAUGAAGCAGCAGCUCUCCAGUCCCUCUGCUAUUGCUCAAGCUGAGAAGAAGAACAGACAGGCUUUAUUGGACACAAAGCGGAAUGCAGGUUUAGAGCCUCACUUGGUUUCAGCAAACUCACGGUACAUUCAGGAACAACAGGAGCAGCAGCAGCUGAUAGUUCAGGAGCAGGAUGAACAGUUGGAGCUGGUUUCUGGAAGUAUCCGUGUUCUGAAGGACAUGAGUGACAGGAUUGGAGAUGAACUGGAUGAGCAGGCUGUUAUUCUGGGGGAGUUCAGUGAGGAGAUGGAGCAGACUGGUUCCAGGAUGGAUUCAGUGCUGAAGAAACUGGAAAAAGUUUCUCACAUGACCAGCAGCCGGAGGCAGUGGUGUGCUAUAGGUUCUCUCCUCAUCAUCCUGAUUGUCGUCCUGAUCCUUUUCUUCACUCUGUGAGCGACAGAUCUGUCUAUUU